UUGAAAAUGGUUUUUGCAAUUUUUUCGAUGGAGAAAGGUCGGGAGAGACAACACUAUAUCUCAUUUCUCACGCCAAAUGAUCGGAUUGCGGUUUUUCUUAUACACUACGCGCAUCCCAACAAAACUCAAAAGGAAAAGAAAAAUAAAAAGAAAAACCUUUAUUUCCUUUCUUCAUUCCUAAAUUCAUUUCUAAGGACACCCAAAAAUGGCAGAGCCGUCGUCGGAGUCAUCAUCAUGGGCGGAGCUGACUCACGAGUGUCUAACCAACAUCCUCUCUCGUCUAACCAUCGAGCAGCGGUGGCGCGGCCCUAUGCUCGUUUGCAAACAUUGGUUCCGCGCCGCCAGGGACCCUUCUCUCUUUUCUCACUUCGAUCUCGAACCCAGGUUCGAGUCUGCCCCCACCGAGUCUCCGGCCUGGUGGUUGCCGGAGUUCGAGACCAAGAUUGAUUCCAUGCUCCGAUCUGCCGUCCGUUGGAGCCUUGGAUCUCUUUCAGUUAUUCGGGUUAGACACUGCUCCGAUUCUUCUCUCGAUUUCGUCGCUCAAGGGUGCCCAAACCUUGAGGUUCUUUCCAUCAAGAGCUGCGCCAAUGUUACUGAUAGCUCAAUGGCUAAGAUUGCUUUUGGCUGCCAAAAGCUCCGGGAAGUAGAUAUUAGCUAUUGUCAUGAAAUCUCGAACAUAUCUUUGGCAUUAAUCGGCAGGCAUUGUCCAAAUAUCAAGACUCUAAAACGAAACUAUUUUAACAAUCUAGAUCCUUCCCAACACAAGGGAAUUGUCCCUGACAAUUAUCUAGAUGCCUGCCCACAAGAUGUGGAUUCAGAAGCUGCAGCUAUUGCAAAAUUCAUGCACAACUUGGAGCACCUUGAACUUGGUUUCUCUAAACUAUCUGCUAAAGCUCUAACUUCGAUCUGUGAAGGAUGUCCUAACCUCAAGUACUUGGAUUUGUUUGGGUGUGUGAACUUGACAAGCCGAGAUAUAGCAAAUGCUACAUCAAGUCUGGAGAAUUUGGAGAUUAGGAAACCAAAUUUCUAUAUUCCAAGGUCGGUCUUUCACACAGAGAGGUAUGACCAUUGGAGGUUGUAUGAUGAGAGAUUCCAAACCGAUAUUUUCCGAAUUUGAUUCUGCAAGUGCACUCUUAAUACUAUAUUUGUAGCUGCACUUAGAAACCAAGAUUAAUGUUGCUUUCCUAAGUUGUACAGUUUUUAAUUUACCUGUUCUGUUUUAUGACAGUUACAAGUCUGUAUUAUCUUUUAAACUUGUAUGGUGAACUAAUGUGGCAGAAGGUUGGUACUCUUGUAGUUAUUGUUAUGGGUUUCAGGUUUCACCUUGUA